AUGACCCUCGAGUCCCACCAGCUUGUUCAGGACCUCCUUCAGAAGGGUAAGGGAGCCAUGGCGAGGAUGCAUUCGAUGAUCUUCCCCAAGAUUGAUCAGAACAAGACCUUGGGGCAGCUGAUCGACGCUUUUGCCAUCAACACGAGGGAGGUUAUCGAGGUUUUCCCUGUGCCUUCGUUUACCAAUGAUUCUUCGGGGCUGGCGGCGGCGAUGGCCAAAAAGCGAAAAUGGCCCGAGGCCGAGUUGGACGCCGGCGCCACACCGCCGGCGAGCGAGAAGCCCGAAGCCGGAGAAGACCCCGACCAGAUCAGCAACCUCCCACCCGACGUUCUCAGGCGCAUCGUGUCGCUCCUCCCCACCAAGGACGGCUCCCGCACCCAAUCCCUCUCCACCCCGUGGCGCGACGUCUUCCGCUCCGCCCCGCUCAACCUCGGCGUGGAGCUCCGCCGCGAAGACGAGCCCACCCCCUCCAGGCUCGUCACCCGCAUCCUCGCCGACCACCAGGCGCCCUGCCGCCGGCUCUCCCUGACCUGGUACGGCUACGAAUCUGGCUCCGUCUCCCCAUCGUUGAGCCGUUGGCUCCAUUCGCGAGCCCUCAAUGGCCUCUCCGAGUUGAAUCUGUGGCAAAAGCGAAAGAGACGUGACGAGGAACGUCGGGAGGAGGACCCGUAUGCCCUGCCGCCGUCCGUGCUCCGAUUUUCGCCCACCCUGCGCAUCCUCAGCAUCAAGUGCACCGGCUGCAUGAUCCAUUUCCCCUCUGUCGGUGAUCUGCAUCUCCCCAUCCUCAAGCAGCUCACCCUUAAAGGCGUCGUCGUCUCGGAGGGCGUCCUCCAUGACGUUCUUGAUGGAUGCCCUGUGCUGGAGAGCUUGGUGCUUAGCGAAUUGGAUGUAUUGAAUCUUAGCGAAUUGGAUGGUGUCCGUGGCGUUCGGAUCAACUCUUCCACUCUUAGGAGGCUAGGUGUGUCGUCUGGUUGGAUAUAUGAACCAGAGCAGACGUUGCAAGAAGUGAUUGUUGAGGAUGCCCCUCUCCUAGAGAAGUUGUUCCUAUCUGGACUUGACGGCGACCUAUCUGUCCGUGUGCUUUGCGCACCCAAACUGGACUUCUUGGGCUCUCUGCCAGAAGGGUUCACCAAAGCCAAGCUUGAAACCACGGUUCUUCAGGGAAUUGUUGCUGCCAGCUUGAUGGGUGUGGUGCGGACGAUUAAAGUUUUGGUUUUGCGCAUGUCCCCUCCUAGUGUUGAUGAUGCCAUUGACUUCAUGAAAUUAUUUCCUUGCUUGGAGAAGUUAUAUGUGUUGGUUGCUACAGGUUCUAUUUUCUAUGCAUGCAUGCUCUCUACUGAAGGUGUCAGAGUCGUGUGA